AUGUAUGCAGGGCUUCCUCAUUGCUUGAGGUAUUGUGCAGGGCACAACGAUCUUCGCCUUGUAGCCAAAAAGGAGUACUAUCGGGAAGUGCGCGGCCUUUGCGAGCGUGUACUCACUGGCAACCCAGAGGCCUUCCAGCCACCAGACGGGAACCCGGGCUGGCUGGCCGCGCUGGGCGAAGUGUUUUCCGGGUCAGCUCUCAAAUGCCUGCCUGGCAUUCGGCGUUGCUUUGUCAAUAGCUCAGACGACAUCCAAGCCGAGACGCCGCACUGA